AUGGCUUCCAACCAGAACUUCCUCCUUACACCUCAGCAGCAGGAGCUGCUUUUCGCCGCCCUCAACGCCAACCGGCCGACGGGCGGCUCGUCCGGCAUGUCUCCCAACGGAGCCGGCGUGGCGGACACGCCCGUUACGACAAAGCCCACCGAUCUCAUUAACAGCAUCGCCGACAGUUCGUUCCUCGACUACGACUACUCAUUCGACGGCGCCGACACCAGCCUCGAUUUCUCGCUGGAGGGCGACCAGUCCAACUUUAUUGACAAUGACGAUGCCGACGCCGAUGAUGCAAAGACCGAUUCGGCUCCUAGUAAUGCCGACAACGACUCGCCGGACAAAAGAAGCCAUCCGGACGACGAGGACGAGGAUGAUGGCAUCAUAGCGAAGCGCCACGAGAGCACAGAAAAGGUGCCCAAGAAGCCCGGCCGGAAACCCCUCACAUCAGAGCCUAGCUCGAAGCGCAAGGCACAGAACCGCGCCGCCCAGCGGGCGUUCCGUGAGCGCAAGGAGAAGCACCUCAAGGAUCUGGAGACCAAGGUCUCCGAGCUGGAGAAGGCAUCCGAGACCGCGAACAGCGAGAACGGCGUGCUGCGGGCACAGGUCGAGAAGAUGACCGUUGAGAUCAAUGAAUACAAGAAGCGCAUGGAGCUGCUGUCACGAUCGCGGUCCUCCUACACACAGGGCGGCCAGCAGGUCUUUGGCAACCCCAUCUUCAACAACAUCAACGACGUCAACUUCCAGUUUGAGUUCCCCAAGUUUGGCCAGCUGCCAGGACCAGCGUCUUCCAAUGGCACCACCGCCGUCAACACCAACACCAACGACAACAGCCCGACAUUGUCGUCGUACAAGAGGGGCUUGUCGUUUGACACACUCAGCUCCAACUCGCCCAAGGAGCUGCCGGGUCUGAGCACGACCGCCACAAGCAACGCCAACAGCCCCGCCGAGUCCAUCAACAGUCUGAAGAAGACCAGUACCAAGGAGGACCUGUCCAAGCUGUCCAACGCCUUCACUCCGCCUCUGACCAACGGCAAUGUCGCCAACGCAUCCCGGUCCAGCAUGGAUUCGGCCUCCACAUGCUCCCCUUCCGCCUCGUCGCACACCAACACCGCCCCCAGUUCGUCGUGCGGCACGUCUCCCGAGCCCUUCACACAGUCGCCUAUGGGCUUUAAGCCUGUGGACACGUUGACGACGAUUGGGGAGGAACAGCCGGCCAUAUUUGCCAACACAAAUGCAAAUGCAAACACAACAUCAGGUACUAUUUUCCUUUGA